AUAAUAUUUCAACACAUUCUUUGCAGAACAACAGAACAACCAUUCAACCAUCUUUCAUUCUCUCGAAUCACUUUUUUUGGCCUCUAAAGAUCCGUUGUCAGGUUCGAGUGUCAUUUAUUUCAUUCCAGUUUUGUGAUUUCUAAAGAAAAAGAUAGAAAUGAAGAUGAUGGGAAGCUCCAAGAGAAGAAUGUCAAGCAAAGGACUUGGAGGUGUUCUUAAAGAGCAUAAAGCAAGGCUUUACAUUAUCAAACGAUGUGUGGUCAUGCUUCUUUGCUACCAUGAUUGAUUUGCUGUGGUCUAAUCGAGUUCAACUGGAUCUGUAUAUACAAAUUAUAUGGCUUUGAAGAAAGAGCUCAACAAUUUUGUAACACUAUAUGUUGGCCUUUAGUUAAUGUAGCUUUAAAACUAAGUUAGAUUAGUUCUUUUUCCCAAUAUGAUCGUGGGUACUAAUUUUUUUUUAAUCUAUUGACAAUUUAUUUAUGAAAAGAUUAAUUCUCAUCUA